AUGGAUACGGCCUCACUGGACUCCGGUGGACGCCAACCACACCAAAGCCGGCAAAGAGUCAAAAGAGCAUGCGAGACCUGCAAGGUCCGCAAGCGCAAAUGCGACGGCCGCGAGCCUUGUGGAUUCUGUCUUCGCUAUGAAUAUGGCUGUAGCUAUGGGACUCAUGCCCGAAGAAAGGCAACUGUCUCCAAGUCCCCGCGACCGGCAUCCACGACGGAAGCCAUCCAUCACGCAGACGCAGACACAGACGCUAACUUGACGGAACGCCCUACCCGGGCGGAGAGCCUUAGUCAACAGCGCAUUGAAGCAAGUUCGGGGACGGCCUUCCCUCAAGUACUAGGGCUGGAAUUGAGUCAAGACGAUGCCCCGAGAGUCUACGGCGUGAGCUGGAAUCUCGGGCCUCGCAAGGAGCUGGCUCCAUCUGUGACUAGGAUUACAGCUCUGCUUUCCAUUGAUGAGAUGGAAUCUUUUGCUGAAAUCUACUUGGCGCACAUCCAUCCGAUUUAUGCCAUUUUGGACGCGGAUGUUUUAAAACAUGAAAUUGCGACGCGAUGGGAGAAUCCUCAUGUCACUGACGACUAUGACCCGAUAUUAUAUGGCGCUGCAGCUCUUGGGUCGCUGUAUUGCGGCCAUGACGGCCAUGUGCGAGAAGGAGAACUGGUUCAAUGUGCAAGGAACUUGCUCGAAGCCACCAGUAUCAUGAGAAAGCCAUCGCUACAUCAUGCAAUUGCUUGGGUACUACGGACUCUGUAUCUCCGAAGCACCAACAGUGCGCAUGCGGCGUGGAUGGCCAGCUGCAUAACGAUCCAUGUCAUUGAAGCGACUGGCGCUCACCGGGACUCGGGAUUGGAAGCUCUACUUGACCCGGAGACCACGUUUUCCAAACGGGAUGAGGAGACCCGGCGUCGACUGAUCUGGGUUGCCAUUACGCUCAACGCCUGGAUCUCUUUUGAAUAUGGGCGGCCGCGCGUGUUGAUGAAUGGGGUCGCGUGCAAUACACCGUCACCCCGGGAUGGCGAUUUCACUGUGGAUCUGAUUCGGAUGUAUCAGAUAUCAGAGAAACUGGACCCAAACCAUGUGAAUAACCCAGUUGAUCUCCAAGAGAGUCUGAGCCAAAUACAACUUCUGGUCGUGGGCCACGAUGUCUUGGCCCUUUCCCGCACCAACCUGGCUUUCGCCAUCUACCGACGUCUACGAGUCGCGUCAUCCGCGAUUCCAAACGAUGUUCUGACCCGCGUCAUCGAGCUGGGAAAUCUGGGACUCGACGCUGCCGUGAGAUUGGCCGAGGCUCGCCGGCCCUGGUGGCAUGUCGCCAACGUGCCCUUCCAGUUCGUGUGUACCCUGCUGGCCAUGGAUACGCGAGAGUCUCUCUUGAAUGUAGGCCAUGCACUGCGGGCAUUCAAGACUAUUGCUCAGUAUUUCCGCACCCGGAAUAUUCAACAUGCGCUGGAAACGGCCGAGUUUCUGGUUCGUCUCUCGCAGCACAAAAAGAAAGGCGACCUGGACGCCCUCAAUGGAGGGCUGCAAGAAGUGGAGUUUUCCGAGCCAACUCAGAAUAUCGCGAUGAUCGACAUAAUGAAUGUCUGGGGUGAUCUUGACUGGGAUGCUUUCUUGAAUGCCGAUAUGCCGCUGUUUGACGAAACCCAGAGCCAGCGAUGA